AUGGCCGAAAAGUGGGAAGAACUCUUCAAGACGGUCGCUGAGGCGACGCAUUCCAUCACGCAACUGAUUGAGGCUGCGAAUGAAGGUGAUGACCUGGAAGGGCCCUACAAGGAGAUCGAGGAGAAGCGAGACAUUGUCGUCAAGGCUGCUGAGGGUGCACCAUCGGACAUCCCCGACUUCGAUGACGAAGGAGCUCAACUAGAGCUCAAGAAUGCUGCGGACAUUCCUGUGGUUGCUGGUAACAAGCUCGUGACCGCACUGGAGGAGAAGAGAGAUGUAUGGAUGUCCAAGAAGGACCUCGGCAAGAUUGUGAAGGAGGUCAUACACACGAACAACGCGGUUCUUGAGAAGCCAUACCCGCCUGCCAACCCAUACGCUCCAGAAAUCUCGGGCAAGACGAAGAAGUUGGAGGCAGAGUCGAAUAGGCUCGCGAAGCAGCACACCAAGGCUGAGGCUGAGGCGAAUAAGAAAGAGUAGAUGUUUCAAGAGGGAUACAUGCACAUCAUGCAGACACGUUGUAGUUAGCGAAUGAGUAGACAUCAAUUGCUGGUGACCUUGUCCUC